AUGGCGCCAAAGAGUCCUUUUCAUAGAGUGAGACUCCUCCCUCCGCCGCUGGAAAUGGCGAAACCAGCUUCCAUUGCACCCUCUCCUCCGUCUCCUCCUCGCUUCUCCACCGUAGCUCCGUUCACCAAAUUCCGCAUUCAGGGCAGACCCGGCAGAAAAGAUUUCGAUGCGUACGUUUUCGGCAACCACAAUGCUCCUGGCAUUGUUGUUCUUCAUGACUCGUUGGGGGUUGAUGAUCAUGUCAAAAAUCAUGCUCUCAAGAUUUCUCAGCUUGGAAAUGGAUUUAAAGUUCUUAUUCCUGAUCUUUAUGGUGAUUAUGAAGGAGAGUAUAAUGGAGUUGAUACUAUGAAGGGUGUUUAUUCUGCAAUUCUAUGGCUUAGAGCCAAUGGUUCAGACAAGGUUGGUGUAACUGGCUUUUCUAAGGGGGCUGCUCUGGCUAUAUACAGCUCUUACUUUCAACCAUCCGUUGAUGCUGUUGUAGCUUUCUAUGGCACUCCUCCCUGCAUGCUUGGAAUUCCAGUGUCCUGUUCAGGCUCAUUUUGGAGAACUGGAUGA